AUGCCACCGCCAGUCGAGAUCUCGAUCCCCAGCACCACAAUCUCCCACCCGAGCGGCGGCGGCAAGCCCUACACGUCCUACAACAUCACGCUCCGGCUUCCGCUGCGGUCCUUUGUCGUACAGAAGCGCUACUCUGAGUUUGAGCAGCUCCACACCGCCCUCGUCUCGCAGGUCGGCGCGCCGCCGCCCGCACCGCUGCCCAGCAAGAGCUGGUUCCGCUCCACGGUCAACAGCAUCGAGCUGACCGAGAAGAGGAGGGUCCAGUUGGAGGAGUACCUGCAGACGGUGGCCAGCAGCCCGGACAGGCGGUGGCGCGACACGCCCGCCUGGCGUGCCUUUCUCAACCUCCCCGCCGGCAGCACGGCGCCCUCGGCGAACAGCGUACACGGCGCCAUCACCACGACGGCCGCAGCCGCGGGCGGCGGGGUCGUCGACGCGGCCGAGUGGAUCGAGCGGCACAGACGCAUGAACGACACGCUGCGGGACGCGCGCUCCUGCCUGGCCCGCCGGGAUGCGGCCGCCGCGGAGGCUGGGUCCGGCGGCGUGGCGGGCCUGAGCAGCAGCCGGGCGGUGGAGGCGGGCGCCGCGGCGAAGAUGGCGCUCACGCAGGCCGGCAGGAUGCUGAGCGCCCUGGAGGACGACCUGGGCAGGCUGAAGAAGGAGGGCGCGCUGGGCAAGGGCGAGGUGCGGAGGCGCGAGGACAUGGUCAAGGAGGCGCGCGAGGACCACAGGCUGCUCACGCAGCUCUCGGCCACGCUGUCGGGCGGGGCGCCGACGUCGGGAGGCACGGGCGGAGCGGCCAGCGCGGCGGACCGGGCGGCGCUGGUGGGCAAGGGCAAGCCCAGGCAGGGCGGCAGGGUGCUCGGGGCGCCGCUGCAGGAGACGGAACGGACGCGCGAGCUGGACAAUGCCGGCGUGCUGCAGCUGCAGAGGCAGACGAGGGAGGAGCAGGACGAGGACCUCGAGGUGCUGACGCGCAUCAUUCGCCGGCAAAAGGAGAUGGGGCUCGCGAUAGAGGAGGAGGUCAAGCAGCAGACGGAGAUGCUGGACCGGAUGAACGAGGACGUCGACCGCGUCAGCGGCAAGAUAAAGGUCGCCAAGGACCGGACGAGGAAGCUGGGCUCAUGA